CGUCUGCGCAUCGGCUUGCUGCUACUUUAAGAAGGUCCGUGUAACUGCUCCGAAAAAUCUUUUUAUUUAUUAAGACAAGUUUGGCUCACUUAUUAAAGUGGGUGCCAUGGAGCCUGCCUGGCUACCUCAGGGCAGGGGGCGAGGUCGGAACCAUAGUCAAGUGGAAAAAUCACGACCCCAGCGCAUGGCACCAGGGAGGCCAGGCAGUGCUGGAGAAAGAGGAGGAUCAAGCAGAAAGAUGGCAGUCCCAUCAGAAGGUGUUGCCGUUCAUACUAAGUUUGAGGAGAUCCGGAAGUCUGACCAGGCGGCUGCGCAGCGACUGAUGGAUAGCCGGUUGAGCUCCUCGUCCUCCGACGAUGAUGAUGAAGAUGCAGAGGCCGACCACAAGGAUGCGAAGAGAGGACAGAUACUGGAGUCUACCUUCACCACUUACACUGACCAGACAGGUGGAGAUGCCACAGGUCUGCUCAGAACUGGCCAGUAUGUCAGCGAGCUCUUUCAGUCAGGAGCGCUUACCUGCCUCAUCUGCAUCGCCUCUGUCAAGAGGACCCAGGCGGUGUGGAGCUGCUCCAGCUGCUUCUCCCUCUUCCAUCUUCCAUGUAUCCAAAAAUGGGCCAGAGACUCUGCUUUCCUAGUUAGCUCCGUCACGGAUGAAGACUUUGGACACAAGCAGCACCCAUGGCCCUGUCCUAAGUGUCGAGCAGAGUAUCCCCACAGUGCCACGCCCACCAAGUACACGUGUUACUGUGGGAAGCUUCAGGACCCUCCACCUGAUCCGUGGCUAGUUCCUCACUCGUGUGGCUCUGUAUGUCAGAAGGAACUGAAACCUUCUUGUGGACACGCGUGUCUUCUACUCUGUCACCCUGGUCCUUGCCCACCUUGUCCAAAGAUGGUGUCUGUUUCCUGUUUGUGCGGCAAAGCAAAGCCCCUCCCACGUCGCUGUAGCAGCAAGGCCUGGUCGUGCCAGAAGCCAUGCGGACGGCGGUUACUAUGCCAACAACACACUUGCUCACAGCCGUGUCACUCAGAGUGCCCCCACUGCCCCAGAGUCAGCCUUCAGAAGUGUGUGUGUGGACGACAAGAAUCCCAAAGACCUUGCGCUAGUCCUAAGUGGAACUGUCAGAAUGUGUGCGGUGUCCUUCUCUCCUGUGGAAAUCACACCUGUGAGCUGGUGUGUCAUGACGGACUUUGCCCCCCUUGUCCUCGCUCGCUUAGCAGAUCAUGUCCAUGCGGCAAGACCAAGUGGUCCCUGCCGUGCACAGAGGAAAUCUCACUGUGUGGGGAUACGUGUGACCGCCUUCUAACAUGUGGAAAACACACCUGCACUAUGAGGUGUCACCGUGGGAAUUGUGACACCUGCAGACAGGAGGUGGAGAAGGAGUGCAGGUGUGGGAAAUACAGGAAGUUGCUGGCGUGUCACAAAGAGUAUGUGUGUGAGUCCAAAUGUUCAAAGAGUAAAAGCUGCCAGAAACAUCAGUGUAGGAGGAAGUGUUGCCCUGGCAACUGCCCCCCCUGUGACCAGAACUGUAGUCGAACUCUGGGAUGUCGCAACCACAAAUGUCCAUCUGUCUGCCACCAAGGAAGUUGUUAUCCAUGUCCAGUGACAGUGGACGUCAGGUGCGCAUGUGGCGCUACCUCCUUGACGGUCCCGUGUGGACGAGAACGGAGUACCAAGCCUCCCCGCUGCAAAGAGCUCUGCAGGUGUCCUCCCUCCUGCCACCACACGUCCAGAGAACGCCACCGCUGCCACCCGGGGCUCUGCCCACCAUGUACACAGCCCUGCCUCCUGCCUCUGGUUGGCUGCUCGCACACGUGCCCGCAGCCGUGUCACGACCGAGUUCUGGUUAAGUCUCAGCAGGUGCAGUUGUCUGGACCAUGGCAGCAGCCAUCAGAACCAGCAUUUGUGACCAAGGCCCUGCCCUGCCCCCCUUGUCAAGUCCCAAUACCAGUGUCCUGUUUUGGAGAACAUGAGGUCAGCCCGCUGCCGUGUCAUCAUCGUGGACGUUUCUCUUGCAAAAGACCCUGUGGACAACCUCUGACCUGCGGAAACCACACCUGCAGCAGGGAAUGUCACCUGGUUACCAACAACGACAAGUGUGGGGAGUGUGAGGAGAGCUGCUCGAAAUCCCGCCCACCUCUUUGUCCUCACACCUGCCCACUCCCCUGUCACCCUGGGGGCUGUCCCCCCUGCAGCCAGAUGAUCCGCCAGCGCUGCUACUGUAAGAUGAGCGUACUUUAUGUGGAGUGCACAAAAAUUACGUCAGCUGAUGGUGACAUGAGAAUGGCGAUGGGUUCGUGUGGUAACCAGUGUCCCAAAGAGCUCAGCUGCAACCAUCGCUGCAAGCAGGUGUGUCAUCCAGGUGGGUGUGAGGUCAAAUGUCAUCAGAAGGUAAAGCUGCGAUGUCCUUGCAAGAGGGUGAAGAAGGAGAUACCUUGUGCGCUGUCAUCAGAGUAUGUCGUUGAGUGUGAUGACACCUGCAAACAACAGCAAAAGAAAGUCAGCCAGUUGAAGGAGGUGGAGCAGAAAGCAGCAGAGGAAGAGGAGCAAAAGAAAUGUCAGGAUGAGCUGGAGGCGUUCACCAAACGUCAGCAACGAGGAGGUCGCAGGAUGAAGAAGCGAGGCAGGCAAGAGGACACUGAGAACCAAGGUGGGAGUGCAAGGUGUUGGAGGGGCUUGGCCUUUGUCCUUGUGCCACUGGGUGGAGCGCUGCUUUCAGUCGCUGCUUAUUUCCUAUUGAACAGCUGAUGCUGCAUGUCAAAUGAUACUUUUAAAUAAAGUUGAGUGUGAAAACUA